AUGUUCGUCCAUGCGAAGAGUGCCAUUUUGAACCCCCACGCUUUUCGGUUUUCCACCAGUGCAUACACGUACACACACACAAUGCGGAGCUUCAUAGGCAAGGUGGUGUCGAGCAAGAUGCAGAAGAGUGUGGUGGUGGCGGUGGAUCGCUUCAAGGCGCACAGAAAGUACCCCAAGGUGGUGCAUUCCACCAAGAAGUUCAUGGCGCAUGAUGAGAGCAACGAAUGCGCCAUGGGCGACCAGGUGCGCAUCGAGUCAUCACGGCCACUGAGCAAGCGCAAGCACUGGGUGGUCACAGAGGUUCUCCGCAAGGCGAGAAUAUUCAAUAUUGAGGACACCAAGAGACCAGCCGUUGCUGCUGCUGCCGCUGAUGUUGGUGCUGCUGAUGCUGCUGCUGGUGCUACUGGUGGGGAUGGUGCUACUGCUGCUGCCAUUCGUGCUGCCAUGGCUGCUCAAACUGGGGUUACCCCUAUAUCUUCCAAUGUGCCAUGA